CAUCCAGCACUGUUGUGGAUGAGCGGGAUAAAGGCUGCUCUGCCUUUCGUACACUAGAAUACAACUUCGCUGUCUCUAAUUAACGUAUUUAUUAGCCGCUUCGAGUGCAUCCAAUAACUUCAAAGCCCAUUAGGUUAGGUUUACUGUUUGUUAUUAUUUUUUAUUUUUUCCCCGCUGCAUGUGGAGCGACUAAAGGGACUCGCCGACAGCAACCUGCCAACUCCAGUUUGAGAGAUUUGGCAGGUUGUGAGAGUAGUAGGCUCUCCCUGCAGCAGCUAGGCUAACUUGCAGGCAAAAAUAACGGCGUUCGCGGUGAGGCUCGGAGUACUGCUCAUCACAACGGGGAGUCACUUCGCCUGCGGGAGCAACGAUGACCGGGAGAAACUGAGGUACAGCAGCCCAAGAGUUGUGACUCUGCUCUGAUAAAUGUCAGCCUGCUCUGAUAUUUGUAUGGGUCUAUCGCCACAGCCAAAGAUCUUCCCUGGCAGACUGAACAAACGAGUUGACUCCAACAGAGCUACGCCUCUCUUCAGUCUACUUGUGGUCUGACGGCACUCACCAACAUCAAAGCUCUCUGUUCCUUUUGCCGUUUCAUCCCUCUGCUUCUGUUUUGAGAGAGGGAUGUCUCUUUUCUAACAGCUCUCAGCCUGCUUAUCUACUAGAUCUGUAAAACCGCGACCGACACUGAACAUGGAGGAUUAUGAUGUUCGCUCAGCCGCCAGCAUCCUGGCCUCAGUGAAAGAGCAGGAGGCACGUUUCGAGCAGCUGACCCGCGCCCUUGAGGAGGAGCGUCGCAACGUCAACCUACAGCUAGAGCGUGCCAAUCUGCCUCCCAACCCCCCCACCAGCCAACCACUACCAUGGCAGCAAGUGGUGAUGCAGGAGCAGAGCCCCAGUAACGCCACAUCCCUGGCCAUGAUGCAAGAGCCGCAGGAGGUGGUGGAGGAGACGGUCACCAUUGAAGAAGACCCCGGCACCCCCACCUCCCACGUCUCAGUGGUCACCUCUGAUGAUGGAACCACACGGCGCACAGAAACCAAGGGUAUAUCAGCUAACGUGAAGGUGACUAAGAUGGUGAAGACGGUGACCACUCGGACAGUGCGUCAGGUGCCCCUCGGCCCCGAUGGCUUGCCGCUGCCUGAAGGCACGUCCCCGCUGGGCAGCUACACCGAUUCCAUUGACCGGCGAUACCUGAAGAAUGGAAGUGACCGCUUCAUAACGCCUCAAGCAACCUCAACCCUGACGCGCUCCUACAACAACUCCUACAACGAUUCAUACGGAGAGACACCGGAGAGCCAGUACAUUCGCCAUUAUGGUCUUCACGAUGGCUACACCGAUUUGACGGAUAACUACGGCAGUCUUUCUCGUGGUGUCAACUACCGGCCGCCGCGGUACCCAUACAUGCCUAAUAGCUACCGGCCGGAGAAUAGCUACACCCUGCCUAUCAGAAAGGAUGAUUAUGGCCAUGUGGCGCAGCCCCAGGUGCCUAUGGGCAGCAGCACUGUGGAUCUGAACCACUCACAACCAGAACGCUUCCAGCCUGAGCCGUAUGGUCUGGAGGAUGAUCGCCGCAGCUUGGGCCCCGAAGAAGAAGAGCCAUAUGAGCUGGAGCCUGAUUACUCCACUGCCAACCGACGCACCCUGCCAGGGGCCAACCGUGGGCGCACCCACCGGGAACCGCUGCGUGAUGGCCCCCGAGUCAGAGGGUACCCAGAUGACCCCAUUGAGGCUGAGCUGAUCGAUGAGCGCCACCCUUACAUCCAUGGGAUGUAUUCAGCACCACUGGCUCAGCCAGAGAGGGGUAGCAUGGCCAGUCUGGACCGCAUGGGUGGUCGUCGCUCACCUUCCAUCGACAGCAUCCGCAAGGACCCACGCUGGCGGGACCCAGAUCUCCCUGAGGUCAUUGCCAUGCUAGGCCACCCGAUCGACCCAGUCAAGUCCAACGCCGCUGCCUACCUGCAGCACUUGUGCUACGAAAAUGACAAGAUUAAGAAAGAUGUGCGUCAGCUGAAGGGAAUUCCAGUUCUGGUGGGUCUUCUGGAUCACCCCAAAUCUGAAGUCCAUCGUAAGGCUUGUGGUGCCCUGCGCAACAUCUCCUAUGGCAAGGACAAUGACAACAAGGUGGCCAUCAAGAACUGUGAUGGCAUUCCGGCCCUUAUCCGCCUUCUGAGGAAGACCAACGACAUGGAAGUACGAGAACUCAUCACAGGAACCUUGUGGAAUCUGUCAUCCUAUGAACCCCUGAAGAUGGUGAUCAUCAACCACGGCCUGCAAACCCUGACCAACGAGGUGAUAAUCCCCCACUCGGGUUGGGAGCAUGAGCCCAAUGAGGACUCAAAGCCGCGUGAUGCAGAGUGGACCACCGUGUUCAAGAACACCUCCGGCUGUCUCAGAAAUGUGAGCUCAGACGGGGCAGAGGCUCGGCGCAGACUGAGGGAAUGUGAGGGAUUGGUGGACGCUUUGCUGCACGCUCUUCAGUCAGCUGUAGGGAAGAAGGACAUGGACAACAAGUCUGUGGAGAAUUGUGUUUGUAUUAUGAGGAAUCUGUCCUAUCACGUACACAAAGAGGUGCCGGGGGCCGAAAAGUACCAGGACCCGUCGGCGCUACAAGCCCCAGGUUCAGCGGGACCACAAAGGAAGAAGAAAGACGAUGCUGGCUGCUUCGGAGGCAAGAAGGCCAAAGAGGAAUGGUUUAAUCAAGGCAGAAAAAACGGUGAGAAUGACAAAAGCUACGACACAUUGGAUCUGCCUAAGCGCACAGAGCCAUCAAAAGGCUUUGAGCUGCUGUAUCAGCCAGAGGUGGUGAGGCUCUACCUCUCUCUGCUGACGGAGAGCCAGAACUAUAACACCCUAGAGGCAGCUGCUGGGGCUCUGCAAAACCUCAGCGCUGGACAGUGGACUUGGUCCAGCUACAUCCGAGCCACAGUGCGGAAGGAGAAAGGUCUUCCCAUCCUGGUGGAGCUGCUGCGCUCUGACUCUGACAAGGUGGUCCGAGCUGUGGCCAUCGCUCUGCGCAACCUGUCCAUUGACCGCCGCAACAAGGAUCUAAUCGGAAGUUAUGCCAUGCGGGACUUGGUGAGCAACCUGCCCAGCGGUCAGCAGCGACCAGCCAAGAACCUGGAGGAGGACACUGUGGUGGCCAUCCUCAAUACCAUUCACGAGAUCGUCACCGACAGCUCUGAAAACGCACGCUCCCUCAUCCAGGCCCAGGCCAUCGAGAAACUGGUCGCCAUCAAUAGGACCAGCCAAUCAGCACGUGAAACGAAGGCAGCGUCCCAUGUGCUGCAGACAGUGUGGAGUUAUAAGGAGCUGAGGAACGCGUUGGCCAAGGACGGGUGGAACAAAAGCCACUUCCAGCUCACUGUGACGGCCACUCCUAAAGCAACCAAGAACGGCAAGCCGGGCUACGAUGACACCACUCUGCCGCUGAUGGAGAAGAACCAAGAUGGUUACUCUACCAUUGACCAGAGGGACAAAGACUGCAAAUACAAGACCGGCGACGGUUCGGUGGACCUGACAGAACGGGAACCGUUAAAGAUGUUCACAUUCAGCAUAGCCAGACAUUCAGAUAAUGAGCGCAGCGUACGUAAUGACACAAAUAGGAAACACUAUAUCAGGAGUAACAGGCCUGCAGUCAGUCUGGUGGACGCUUGUGAUGUUAAGCCCCAGCCUGUUGACUCCUGGGUCUAAAUGCAUGCAUGGCUUAAAAUAGCAACUGUGUGACGCUAGAAGAGGAUCUCCCAUAUCACCACUGCCAUUUCACAUGGAACUCAUCUUUGGAGUUGGACUUUGUACAGAAAAAGGGGAUUUCACAAAAAAAUAACGAUCACAACGGCAACUACCCAGCAGCAGCCAGCAUUCAGUCAUGCUUUUCAGAGAAAAUUUAAAAAAGAAAAAGAGACUACUCCUACUACUUUGUCAUAUCAACAUUCCCACUGGACAUCAUGUGAAUUUUACAGUUCUGACUCUUGUUGAGCGCAACCAGUGACAAAAAACAGACCGAGACCAAUGCCGGCGGAACGAUGGAUAUGUGAUGGGGAAAGUGAAGUAAGCAAAGAAAGGAGAAAUGGGAUGUGUGUUGGAGAGAAACCUGAUGGAGGAAUAAAAUGUUCUUUUAUUUUAGCCUGCAUCAAAUUUUGUAGGUUGUGGAGAGUAUCAGAGUCUGGUAUUUUGAUGUGAUGGGUUGGAACAGAUGUGUUUGAAGGUCACCGAAUGUUCGUUUGAUGGGAUGGAAAAGGAAAGAAAGCGAGCCUAAGAAGAACUGUAGCAUAGUGGCAAAACGUGUACUCCCAGCAGGACCCACCAUGAACUUAAAAUCCAUUUGGGUUCACUGUGUUUUUUGAAGAAAAAAAAAAGUUAUAUAAAGUUAUUUCAAAGCCUUGCUUUGAUAUCAAAUGUGUCAAACUGGUGAUUGAUGUCCAUUUUUAUAAAGUCUGAGGAGUCUGCAAGUUCUAGUCUGGAGGAAGGCAAGUGACAUAGUGAGUACACGGGAUGAUGUUUCUGUUUGCACUGCAUCACAAAAGUAAGAGAAAAUGGAAACAAAAGCAACAAAGACUUCCUGUUUAACUGUGGUCGACACAAAUGAGCCAGGCGGCGUGUCGACUUUUCUUCACAGAGCCGUGAUUACGUGUGUAACCACCAGGUUUGCGUAGUGAUGCAGUUUCAUGGUUUCCCAGCUGGUUGCUGUAUGUCAAUGAUGUGUAUUAAAGAGGAUAUAAGAGUUUUUGUUUAUAAAUGAUUUGUGCUUUUGAAAAGACAGGCAUAAGUUCUUUUUUGUUGGAAAGAUGGAUCCAAAAAGGAUUUGUUUUUGUUUUUUGUUGUUGUUGGGUUUUAUAUAAAUG